AGCUGCAAUUCAAAUCAGUUUUUGUCGUUUCGUAGAGGCAAGUGGAAACAUGACAAAAUCUAAUUUGAAAUUUGAAAAACUUUUCAAAAUUGCAACAAUGUCCAUGCGCUUAAAUGGAUCGCAUCCAUCAAUCAUACGAGAUACACGGUGGUUCAUUAAAUUUUCUAUCAUAAUGAUAAAUACAUUCUGCUGCUGUCUAUUUCUUAUAUAUUCUAUAUGUUGUCACGACAUUAAAACUGGUAAGUUUUCUGAGGCCAGCAAGAAUGGUACUAUGGUUAUCGUUUCAAUUACGAUCACUCUUAAGUACAUGGUGCUCCUGUAUCACCAAGCUUCGAUUAGAGAAAUAAUUAACAUCAUGGAGGAAGACUACCGACGUGCACAAAAUACUUCAAAAGAAGAUUUGGAAAUAGUAGUGCGUUAUGCUGAAAGAGGCCAAACCGUGUGCAAGUUUUGGCUCGUGUUCGGUUUCGGCACUAGCGCCAUCUUCCCCAUAAAAGCUUUUAUUCUAAUGGCUUAUUACACUUGGAAAGACAAGUUUAUUCUCGUACCUCUCUUCGACCUAACAUACCCUCAGCCAAUAGAAGCUUACAAAAAUGUGACUGUAGUUUUUUGGAUUUUGUUCGUAGUCACUUUCGUAUUUGAUGUUUACGCGUCUUCAAUGUACGUUGGGUUCGACCCCAUGCUUCCCAUAUUUAUGUUACAUACGUGUGGACAACUUGACUUGCUCAAUCUUCGCAUCAGUAAAUUAUUUGUGGAAGCCGAAGAUCGUGCAGAAAUAGAAGAAGGUUUAAAGAAAAUCAUUUGCAAACUUCAGGAUCUUUACAAAUUAGUAGAUCGCGUCAAAAAGAACUAUUCCAUUUUAUACGAAUACAACAUGAAAGCGACUACAUUUUUACUGCCACUCACUAUGUUUCAAAUAGUCGAAGAAUUGCGAGUUAAACGGAUAAACGUCGAGUUUAUUUCAUUCUUUGCUGCUAGCAUUUUACAUUUCUUUAUGCCUUGCUAUUACAGCGAUCUUUUAAUGGAAACGAGUGAAAAAUUUCGUCAAGCAAUAUAUUCGUGCAGAUGGGAGAAAUGUUACGACAAGCGCAUACGACAAAUUGUAUUGUUCAUGAUGACGAGAGCCAGAAUUCCUUUAGGGAUUACCACGGUGUUCUACGUGAUUAAUCUCGACACCUUCGCCGAGAUGUGUCGUCAAUCGUACGGAAUAUUCAAUUUAAUGAAUGCAGCGUGCGAAUGAAGAUCGCAUGAUGGUUUACUUAUGGACUGUAAACCAGUUCUAGAAAGAAGCAGCAUUAACAACCCCUUUAAAACCACAGCUUUGCCAUAGCACGCUAAUAGCAAUUUUCAUUAAAUAAGAAAAACUCUUACCGCAGGAUCAAAUUAACCAUUUAAAUGUACCACAUAAAUACACUGUACCUAUUCUAUUAUGAUAAUUCACUCUGGACGCAAUAAAUUCCUUAUCGCACAA